GUCACCACACAGAUACUUUCACUUUCGUUUCCGCUCUGUGGAAGGAUCUGGGUGAAUGAGAGCUGGCGCAGGUUCCAGACGCAGGUUAUCGGAGGGACACUCAGGACCCAGAAACUCUCCAUGGGGAAUAACAGCUCCAAAAAGUCCGCCAUGGCUGAAGGCGCGGCGGCUCAGUUUCACAACCUAGAAGAGGAGAUCAUGUGCUCCAUCUGCCUGGAGGAGCUCUCCGAGCCGGUCUCCAUCGCCUGCGGACACACCUUCUGCAAGGCCUGCAUCUCCUGCUAUUGGUCAGGCAUCCAGCGGGGCGGAUCCCGGUGCCCGGAGUGCAAGAAAAUCUGCCCCCGAGACCAGCUGAUACCCGUGUACCGACUCAGGAACCUGGUCAGCAAAGUGCAGCUCGGGGUGAAGGAAGAAAAGGCCAGAAAGGAGCCCGUCGGCCCCGUGCCGCUGGUUUUUACCGAGCCGUCCGGCCGGAUGCUGUUAGACGAAGAUGUCCUAAGGAGCCUGUUUUUGGACGGCGAGGUGGCGGGGUGCCCGGGGUGCCUGAUCUGCGUGAUCGGAGAGAAGCGGCGCGGGAAAUCCUUCCUCCUCAACUAUAUCCUGAGAGCGCUGCGCGCCCAGGAGCGGAGGCAAUCGUUCAGCAUGGGGGCAGAUGAUGAGCCCCUGACGGGUUUUGAUUGGAGGGCCGGGCCUGACAGCGCUACCAAGGGCAUCUGGGUCUGGAACCGGCCGUUCAUAUUGGAGCAGAACCAGGAAAAGGUGGCGGUCUUUGUCGUGGACACCGAGGGGUCUCUGGAUAUCGAGGGUGACCUGGAGAGCAGCAUCAAGCUGUCGGCGUUAUCCAUGGUGCUCAGCUCCUACCUGAUUUUUAAUGUAAACUCAAGUCUCAAAACAACGGAAUUGGAUUAUCUGGAGAUGUAUCUUCACAUCUCCGCGCUGACCGGGAAGUCAUUUUCCCUCAAUAAUCUGCAGUAUCUGGAUAUUCUGGUGCGGGACUGGCAGGAUGAUGAGAAUUGCGGGCGAGACGCUGGUCGGGCGUACAUAGAUGAUGUGAAUGAGAAACUCCGGAGAGGCUCCGGGUAUCGCCAGGUGCUGGAAACUCUGCGGAGUCCGUCUACAAGCUGCUUCCUUCUGCCGCAUCCAGGAAGGGGAGUUGUCCGGUCCGGCCAGGGCAGACUCGCGGAUAUGGAUGAAGACUUUCGGAGCCACCUCACCGCGUACGUAUCCGAGCUGGUCCGAUGGAUUGGUCGUCACGUAAGGACCGACAUUCGGGGAGACAAAGUCACCUGUGCGCAGUUAGGAGGCGUACUUAAGGAAUUCCUCAGCAUUAUGCAGAACGAACACUACAGCUUCUCAAGCCCGGUCAAGAUGUUCCACGCCUAUCAAAAUCAGAAGAACAAAACCGAUAUCCAAAAUGAUUUCCAGAAAUUCAAAGAAAACCAGGUUUUCUCCAAUUUGUCGCUGCUAAAGGUCCUCAAAGUUCCUCCGUCUGAGAUGAAGACGAAGGCGGCCGCCGAGGCCUCCAGCCUCCUCUCGGAAUACGAGACGCUUCUGGUGGGGUGCGAGGGCGCCGAGAAGCAGGGCCUGGUGGAUGAAAUGAAAUCAGUGUUGGGGCAGAAGGAGAAGCAGCUGUGCGAGGAGUACUCCAAAGUAUUCACAAAGUAUGCGGUGGGACUCGGCUUCGCCGUCGGCGGAGGAGUGCUGAGCCUGGCGGGGGGGGCGGUGGGAGCUGCCGUGGCUGGGACGGUUCUUGCCGCCGAAGCUGUAGCCUUACUGGGAAGCACGACGGCCGCCGUGGUGACCGGAGCAGUUGGGGGCUCCGUGACGUUGGGGGCUAUUGGUGGUGGAGUAGGGGCCAAAAUAGGAAAAGUAAUUGGACUCAAAAAGGGGGACCUUACCGGAGAGACCGAGGGGCAACGCAACCAGCAAGAGACAUCCAGCGAUACGGACCAACUGCUGAAUGAUGAUGACUAGGGGCCGUUCCGGCACGGCGCCCGCGGAAUGAAGGAUUUGUGUGAAAAAGGUUGCUUUUUAAUAGUAAACAAAAAUUGAAGACCGAACGGGGCAAUCACCCGCAGAAAUCUUGAAAGUGCCUUUGCGUGGGGCAGUUACUUUGCCCCCACGCGUUCCAUGUGAUCUAGGACUUUGCCUGUCGCCAGGGGCUUCAUCUAAAAGACGGGAAAAUAAUGUGAAUCGGGGGAGAAAAGGGCUUUUUGCACAUGAAUCGUUUUUACUGUAACUGACAGCUAUAAUAUUCCGCCACAAAACCAAGCGACCUGAUUUCACGUUUUAGACGUCGAUGGCGCCGACAGACAUUUUACAAACUUAAAGGGAAAAAAAAACGCAAUCGUUUACCUUGAGAGUAACUGGAAGGGGUUAAUUAUUUUUUUUUAUGUAUAAUUUACCAAAUAGGCAUUAUUUUUGUUGUUUUUUUUAAUUCUAUGCAAAGUUGAAUGAAAUGAAUCACAAGUUUCUUUUCUAUUUGCGUUUUUCUCGCUCGGUCUUCCGCUGGAUGGACGGGAUUUGGAAAUUGUCUGUUUUUUGGUGUUUUGCGAGAUAAAAUAUUUGAAGGUAUAA